AUGGCUGUCACAACCCCUUUCCAGACCCUUUUCGCCGUGCCCAUGACCUGUGACGGCUGCGCCAAGGACAUCACGGGCGCCCUCUACAAGCUUCCGGGGAUUUCCAAGGUCGAAGCCAAUGUGAAGGAUCAACUAGUGUCAAUUGAAGGGACAGCGGCACCCUCGGCUAUCGUCGAGGCUAUCCAAGCCACCGGGAGGGACGCCAUUCUACGAGGAUCGGGGGCCUCGAACAGUGCCGCGGUUAGCAUUCUCGAGACAUACAGCAAGAAGCCAGACGAAGAGGUGACGCCGGCCGGGACACCAGGCGAAAGCUGGGUGAACCAGCGGCUUGUCAGGGGCUUGGUGAGGAUGGUGCAGGUCAGCCCGAACGACACCCUUGUCGAUUUGACGGUUCGCGGGGUGCCGCCGGGGACCUAUCGUGCCACGAUCCGGGAGUACGGAAACCUCCAGGAUGGGGCAUCGUCAACCGGGCCGGUGUGGGGAGCCCAGGACGAGAAGAGCGGUGCUGCCCCGGCACGGGGCGUCCUGGGAACCGUGCAAGUUGGGCCAAACGGGUACGGAAAUACGUUCAUCAACCGCCCAUUCCAGGUAUGGGAGGUCAUUGGCCAUGCACUGGUCGUAUCUCGGCAGGAUGAGAGUGAUGGGGCACCUCUUCAGAAUCAGGAGGACACUACGGUCUGCUCCUGCACGGGCAAGACUCUCUGGGAGGAAAGAAGAGAUGAGGUGGCCAAGGGCAUGUUGUAA